CCGACCCAAGGUUCCUCUGCGUCCGCAUCGUGCACUAGAUCAUCAUGUCCGCGGUCGGCUAUUACUCUAUAGAAACGCUAAAGUUUAUCAAGAAAUGGUACCUCUCACUUCCCCUAAGCAGUGCAGUUACAGUGUUGACUUGCGUCACACUCUCCAUUGUCAACGUCGCAAGAGGAUCUCCUGACGUUGGACUCUGUCCUAACCUCAUUCUAUCGUCCCCGCUUUCAAACAUUUACCAUCUCCUUACCGUACCCUUUCUUCAUUCAUCCAUUGUUACCCUCCUUCUCAACCUGCUGUUUUUUCCGCCGUUGAAUAAAAUGUUGGAGACGCAGCGAGGAACCCUGCAUUCCAUGAAUUUUGUCGUCAUUGUUGGGAUUGUUACGGGGCUGCUUUAUGUACUUGUGGUGAUACCAUUUUGGGCGGUUGGGAUCAAGGUCGAUUGGUGUAUUGGGGGACUGAAUGGUUUGAUGUAUGCCUUGAUGACCGUCGAAGCUAAUCAAAAGGUCGGUGUGUUCAAAACACGAAGAAUAUUUGGUGUUCCACUUCCAGGUGCCAUAUACCCUUGGAUAUUACUUGUGCUCUCAAAACUAUUCUUUACGGCAUCCCCAUUCUUUUACAACUUGGCUGGAAUUCUGGGAGGGAUAUUAUAUCAUAUUGGUGCCCUAAAAUUCUUCUUUAUCCCAGACCAAGCGCUCGUUUAUAUUGAAACAAGUCGAGCGCUUCGAUGGCUGGAGACAUGGGAGGCAUUUGUUCCUACUCCCUCUUCAGUUUCCCUUCCGACAACGGAUGAUAUAGGGGUUGAGCCGAGAUCAUCGCUUGUAGGCCGACUUCGCGGCGUGUUUAGUGGAGGGAGUGGGAGAUACACUGGACUUUAAACCACAUGUACACAAUUUGUCACCCAAUAUUUUGUAGUUGUAUUUCAUGUGUAGCAGUUGGCGUCCUUAUGUUUUUUAGUAUUAAUUACCUCCAAAGAUGUACAGAUAGCUUGUUUUAUGAGCAAACACAACGUACUGCUGUUAUUUCAGGUCAAUGAAUAAAGGCGAAUCCAUCCGCAUCAGGA